CCUCUACGCAAACAUGAUCUCAAAUCCUUUCUCUAGACCAACUCGUACCAUCUUCUUUCUUGUCAUUUUCCUGCUGGCGGGAAUGUUUUACUAUCGUCCAGUUCAUGAACUGGCAUCGAGCUUUCCUCAUCCCGAUACAGGAACCUUACAUCAGUAUCUAAAUCGUAGCGACCACGCCCAAAAGCCAUUGACUUUCAUCUCGAAAUUGCAGAAACAAUUGCGGCACUCUGUUUGCAUCCCAGAUACCACGGUCGUAAGCUCGACUCGACAUCAUUACAGAACGGGGACGAAGACAGCCACCAAGACAAUUAUCUCUACCAGAACCGAGGCGGUUCUGCAGCCAACAUGCGAUCCCGUUAUCGAUGCUCCAAGAGCUUCGAAAGAAGACGCUACACCGGAACAACUCGCCAUUGCCAAACUCCGAGAUGAGGGUAUUGUGGUAAUUUUUAAAACAGGAGCACAAGAAGUAUCACACCUUGCGAUCCAAAUCGGCACCACACUUCGCUACAUCUCAUCAAACGACAUACUGUUCUUCUCCGAUCAACAAGGCAGCAUCGGUCCUUUUCUCAUCAAUGAUGCACUACGAAAUGUCGACCAAAAGCUCAAAAACGAGCACCGAGAUUUUGAGAUCUACCGACAGAUCAAAGAAUACCAAAGUACGGGUCAAGAUAUAUUGGAGAUGCCAGAUGAGAAGAAAGGAGCUGAUCGACCGGGAUGGAGGUUGGACAAAUACAAAUUCAUUCAUAUGGUUGAGGAGACGUUUGAGAUGCGACCAGAUGCGAAGUGGUAUGUGUUCAUCGAGACAGAUAGCUACGUCUUUUGGGACAAUCUCGCAGAAUGGCUGAAGAGGCUGGAUCCCAAGAAGCCUUGGUAUAUCGGAAGUGGCGUGACAUCGAGUGGUAUUUUGUUUGCACAUGGCGGAUCUGGCUAUAUACUUAGUAAUGCCGCCAUGAACAAAUUUCUGGGUCCUGACCAACCUCAGGGAUUGGCAGCAAGUUGGGAUGCUAGAAUGGCAGGGUUAUCAUUCGGAGAUUUGGCAUUGGGGAUAGCCUUGAAAGAGAAGGGAGUCACGCUUAGCAUUGCUCAUCCACUGUUGAAUGGGUACAAGCCGAGUACAUUUACAUAUGGGCCUGGAAGUCAUUGGUGUCAACCUGUCGUUACAAUGCAUCAUAUUGCACCUUCAGAGGUCAGCAGUGUUUGGAGGUAUGAAAGGAAGAGGGAAUUGCUUUGGAUGACGAACGCUACGUUGUUUGCAGAUUUGUAUAUGCAUUUUGUGGAACCUCAUUUGGUGGAUGCGAGGGAUAAUUGGGACAACCUAUCCCAUGGACCUGAAUAUUCUCGGAAAAGGUUUGAGGAUCAGAAGAAUGAAGAGGCUCCAGUGAGGCAAAAGGGUAAAGAGGCCAAGCAACAGGAGAAGAUCAUGCUAAACAAAAUGAGCGAGAAGAAGAAGGAUGAAGCUAAGGAAGAAGCAUCUACGGCUGCGUCUGAAGAUAAGGACAACGAGACUGUGUCCAGAGAUACUAAGAGUUCCGAGGACUCUGAAGGUACGGCGGAUGAUGGUACCAGUGGGAAAGCUGCGAAGGCUGUGGAAGAUUCGGAAAAGCCAGACAGUGACGCAUCUGGAAAGGAUAAUAAGCCAGCAGAUGACGAGAAAACAAUAGAGAGGGGGAAAGUCAAGAAGCCUGAUGAAGAUACGAGAGUUAGCUUGAGAGAGUCUAGAGUGAAAGAAGAUACGAAAUCCAGCAAGGACACGACUAGGGAUAAGGGGAACUCAACCACGCUCCAAGAUUUGGCAGAGGAUGUGGGAGUCUCACGGGGCAGGAGAUUACGAGUUAUCUCAGAUACGAAGUCGGAGCAUGCCGUUCCUCAGAACGAAACUGGGCCAGGCGCCCUGAAGAAUCAAACGACCCCGAGAAAGAAAACCGAUAUAGAGAGAAUAAUGGAGAAUAGCUAUCUCCACCAAUUCGAAAAGCGAGCAGCUGGGUUGACAAAAGCACAACAGACUGCCCAUCUGUCGUUCGAAGAUUGUGGGAAAGCAUGCGAGGAAAAUAAAGAAUGCUUCCAAUGGGUUUAUUAUUCCGAGACAUAUAUCUUUGACUCCGAUCAUCAUCACAAUGAAGCAUACUACCGAGAAGUACCUCGCGAUCUAUCGCAGCUUCGGCCUGCUGGCGCUCGUGUGGGAAGUUAUCAAAGAUGA